AUGGCAACUUUUGAAGAAACAGGCAACGUAUUCUGGAAAUGGCUUCAGGAUAACGGUGCAGCUCUGAGCAAAGAUAUUGUUAUUAAGGAUUAUCGAUCAGAGGGAGCAGGUCGAGGCGUAAUUGCGUCAAACGACAUUAAGGAAGGAGAGUUACUAUUCUCGUUGCCAAGAUCUAUUUUGCUAUCACCAUUCACUAGCUCAUUGAACAAAAUUGAAGGACUGAAAGAUGAUGUGGCAGCACUGAACGGCUGGACGCCACUGAUUAUCACUUUAAUGUACGAAAGUCAAAAGAAAGACUCAUUCUGGAAGCCAUAUUUUGAUGUUCUACCUCGCCAAUUUUCGACUCCUAUGUUCUGGGAAGAGGCUGAUUUGAAGGAAUUACAAGGAACAGACAUUGUUUCCAAGCUUGGCAAGGCUGAAGCUGAAGAAACCUUUGAGAACGAGGUCAAGCCCAUCAUUGAGAAAUAUCCCAGCCUAUUUGACAAGGAGAUCCACAAUCUCGAGCUAUUCCACAUUUGUGGUUCUCUCAUCAUGGCCUACAGUUUCAACGAUGAGCUCCAGAAAACAGAAAAGAAGAGCAAUGCAGAUGAGAAAGAGGACAAUGAUCAAGAAGAGCAGGAAGAAGAGGAAGAAGAGGAAGAAGAGGAAGAAGAAGAGGAGCAGCAAGUCAUCACAAUGGUCCCAAUGGCAGACAUGCUGAAUCAUAAAACUGGCUUCAAUAAUGCUCGUUUAUUUCACGAGCCAGACAGUUUGCAGAUGAAAGCCAUCAAAGACAUCAAACAAGGUGAGCAAAUUUACAAUACGUAUGGCGAUCUUUGCAAUGCGGAUUUGUUGCGUAAAUACGGCUUCACCGAUGAAAAAAAUGAGUUUGAUCUGGUUGAAUUGGAUGGUCCCUUGAUUGUGGAGCACUGCAAUGUAGAUCAAAAGCAAGAUGAAGAGCUCAUCGAGAGAAAGAUUGAUUUUUUGAUGGAAGAGGGCGUCUUUGAUGAAUGCUUUGUCAUUGAUACAGAACAUGAAAUCCCAUUGGAACUCAUUGUUUCUGUCCAUGUUUUAUGCUCAACACCUAGUGAGUUUGAAAAGAUGGAAGAGAAGCAGAAGCUGCCCAAGCCUAGACUGACACAAGAUGUCAAGCAAAUCAUAUUAAACAUCUUAAAAAAGAGACUGUCCAGAUAUCCAACUACCUUGGAGGAGGAUAACCAGGAAUUAAAGGACGCCACUGGAAAUAAGAGACAUGCUUUAUUGGUGAGAAUGGGUGAGAAAAACAUCAUUGAAUCAACGAUCCAGACUCUUUCCGCUGCGCCCGUAGUUGCAGCUGCCUCUACUCCAGACAAGCGAUCCUCCAAUGCCAAAAAUGAUCAGGGAAAGAGCAAGAAACAAAAAAGACAUUGA